AUGCUCCACCCCGCGAAGGAAAUGCUUUCGUCACUGCUGCGACCCAGGCCUGCCGUUCGUCGCGACGGCUCGCAUCUGGCCAGCUCAAAUUCAGCGACACCCUCCCCGAGCCCUGCGCACCGCAACUACGCCGAUCAGCGACAUGCCACCGCCGACUUCACCGAGGCCGACGACGACGAAGAAGAUGAGGACGAUUUCGACGUCGACCAGCCCUCAGGGCCCCGCGUUACGCGCUUCGCCGAGGAUGGCGCGACGCAACAACACUCGGCCUCUAUGAUACCAUUGUUCUCAACCGAUUAUCUAGACUCGCUACCCGUUUACCACAUCGUGCACGCCAUUCGAAUCAUCGUCCAAACGCGUUCCGAGACGACGCUUACAUGGGAACAACUGUGCUCCCCGCAGGUUUCGCAGUUCUUGGUCAAGCCCAUGCAGCAGCAGAUCCGCACCCAGCAUUUCAGUCGUGUCACGAUGUAUGCCCUCAUGGCAAAUUGCCUCCAGUUCGCCAAGGAAGGACAACUAUACCCAAGCAAUUCCGGCGUCAGUAACACAAGGGCCAAGGUCUGCGAGCUGCUCGCUCUAAAGAUGUUGAAGGAGUACACUACGAAAGAGCUGAUCGACGCUUUGUCCUACGAUUUUGACCCCCUCCAAGGCGCACCUGCAAUACCAACCAUCCCCAACGCCAGGGUCGCCGCGGCCGCUAGGACCUCGACCCUGGAGGUUGCUAUCCGAGCUUCUGCGAAGCAUUUCUUGGCACAUCCCCUUGUGGUGCAACAGCUCGAGGCUAUCUGGAACGGUGCCAUCAGCUUCUACUCGUCCCAUGACAGCCUUCAUCGCACCCCACCGCCUCUGGCAAAUGCUGGCAGGUCCAAUCAGCGCGGUCCCGCCGAUGCUCGAACGCCAUUGCUAGGGCGUCAGCCCGUCAAGGAACACUCGUCCCAGCUGCCACUUCAUGCCAUUCCAGUUCGGCGAACUGUGAACCUGUACGAUCCGCGCAAUGCCUCUCCACUGAAACUCUCCAGACUCCGCGUUCCUCGGUACCGACAAUUCCUGGCGACGUGCUCACUGUUCAUCUUGAUUUGCCUGUUUCUGGCGGUCCUCGUGGAGCGGUCCAGUCGUAUCACCACGCUGGAGCUGAUAUUCUGGUUCUGGAGUGCAGGUUUCAUGCUUGACGAGGUUGUCGGUUUCAAUGAGCAAGGGUUCUCUCUGUACAUCAUGAGCUUCUGGAACAUUUUCGACCUCGGCAUUCUGCUACUACUCAUCAUCUACUACUGCAUGAGGGUGUACGGGGUAUUCCUCAUCGACCCACACCGGUGGAAUGACAUGGCGUACGAUGUCCUGGCUGCCAAUGCAAUCCUUCUCCUGCCUCGCAUCUUCAGCGUGCUAGACCACUAUCCGUAUUUCUCUCAGCUCCUGAUCGCCUUUCGACUGAUGGCAGUGGACCUCGCUGCUGUCUUCGUUCUUGUCUUGAUCAGCUGCUCGGGCUUCUUCGUCUUCUUUACGUUGUCUAAGAACCAGAACGACGCGCCUGACGUGGCUUACAAGAUCUUUCAGAUUCUGAUGGGCUUCACUCCGGCAGCAUGGGAAGUCUGGCCCGAGUAUAACUUUAUUGGCAGGUUACUACUGGUCCUCUUCCUGAUCAUCUGUCACUUCCUCGUCGUUACCAUACUCAUUACGGUUUUGACGAACUCCUUUAUGGCCAUUGCUUCCAAUGCCAAGGAAGAGCAUCAGUUUCUGUUCGCAAUCAACACCAUCUCAAUGGUCAAGAACGAUGCGCUAUUCUCCUACAUUGCACCAGCAAACAUAUUUGCUUGGUUGCUGAUGCCGUUCCGAUAUGUCAUGCCGAUCAGGCAGUUCGUGCUACUGAACCGAAUGGUCAUCAAACUAACCCACUGGCCCCUCUUGUUCUGCAUCUUCCUAUACGAGAAGUACAUCUUGGCAUCUACGAUAUAUGAACCCACGGACUUGGUCGACAACCACGGACGCGCAAAGUCCCGAGCUAUUUCGUUCGCCGACCCUGCGAGCAGGGGGGCUGCUCUCUUCAGCCCCGGUGUCCGAAUUCGUGAGGAGUCCGUUGCGGGCCUCCAGAAGGACAGGGCCUUGGAUGAGGUUUUCCGACGGCAGCCUGGCCCCAGUACGAUUAGAAAUCAAAGGAGGAUGGAUAGGAGAAAGACUCAAACAGCCAUACGUACUUGGAUGGACCAGAACGAUGACCCUGGUGAACAACGGUUAUCGCGCUGGCCAACCAUUGAAAGCCAUUCUCACCGUCAUUUGAGUGUGAAUCGCGAUAUUCCCCGGAGAUUCAGGACGGUUUCGGACGUACGAUCGGCUGCCAGCGAUCCCGCAGACCUCAUAUCGAACAGUGGUUUCCAUCAUACGGAUAUGAGAGCGCUGAAUGGUCAGAUAGUGGAGCAGCAAGCAAAGGACCAAACUGAUGCUGAUGGUGACGAUGAGCUGGUGACGAACGACGAGGACGACGACGAUGAUAUCGCAGCUGAAAGCCGACGCGGGGGCAGGCCGAAUGACAGUGAACAGGAAGAUUAUUUCACAACUCCUAUAGCCUCCCGCCACGGAGUUGCUGCUCCGUCCUCGCUCGGCUCGUCCUUCCCUCGGCAACAAGCUACGGGCUCUCCAAGAGCUGGUGGCAACCUGCGGCGUCAGGGCCUUCACAGUCGUACGAUGUCCACAAACACGAUUCUCUACAACCCUCAGGAAGCAGCCCGACUCGGCCAGAGCCCAACUGCUAUCUCGGAAGAACCAUUGGGACCCCGAUCUCGACCAAAAACGAGCCGACUCGUCACAACAAUGGAGCAGUCUACACCAAGCGGCACCCGAUCUCCAAGAAGGACUCAAUACGUAUCGACGCCAAGCCGGCCGAAGCCCAUCCCCAUGAAAACAGCCCCGAACCGAACGGCUCUGCAUACUAUGGAACCACGCCGUGUGAAAGCCUCAUCCGAUGUGGAAAUCACCUCCGAGAUGGGUCUCGAUGCUAACAACGACUUCGGCGCGGUGCCGGCUUCCUUCGCCACGCAGAUGGCCAUGGCUACCGGGCAGCUGCGGGGCUUGGGACGGGGCACUUCCGACCGCGAGAAUUCGGACCGCAUGAGCCGACUCGUGCUCGCUAGGAUGAAGACCCUGGAGGAGAGCUUUGCGGACGUCGUCAGGGAGAUGCGCGUGAUGCGGAGCACGGGGCCGACGGCGCAGAACUCGGGCGAUGACGGCAGCUGGCGCGGCAGCGCGGGACUGGCAACUCCGGCCAACAGACGGCUGCCACGCACGGACAAAGCCGACCGCAGCCGCCCUGUCAGCGUCAGGGAGGACGAGGUCGGCAUGGGCAGCGGUGCCAGUUCCCCGCGGAAACAGAGGGUUGCCAAGGGCAAAGGAAAGUCGGCCCUGCGAUCCGAGGAAUCGUCCACGGCGGGCGAGGUGGAGGACAGGCGGUUGCGGAGACGAGGCAGUUCGUUCUGA